GGCCCCGAGAGCUCGGACUCCCGCCCUCCGGGAGUCAACUUGGCGCUGUGUGUGUGUGUGAGGGGGGGAAAGGGUUGCGAAGCGCCCCCGGAAACUCGUCGGAGUCGGCCCGCAGAGCCCACCCCACGACUCGAAAGCUUGCCGCGGGGAGGCGGGUGGUGGUGGUAGUGGAGGAGAGCGAGGGCAGCUAAAGCGCAGCGUCAGCAAUAGUAAGUCAUGAGAAGCCAUCCCGACUUGGCUUUUUGGUAAGGGCGGAGGGAGUUUCUCUGCCGCCCCCCCUCCCCCGUCCCUGCCGUCCGGGCUUAACGGAGCGAAGCGGCUGGAGGCGACCGAUUCAUUUUUUUUUUCCUGGAUAGUUUGAGCCCACCUCACUUCGCCCGCCCACCCUUUCCCUCCCUCCAAGAACCCCAAGUGAAGUGAUGUGGGCUGCCUGGGACAAGCCGAAGAUGGGAUUUUCCUCCGCCCAGCUGCUGUUCUUGCUAAGCUGUUGCCCGACGGCUUGCCGCCCUUACAAUCUAGAUACUCGCAGCCCCCUGGUCUUCGAAGGGCUCAAUGGGACGUGGUUCGGCUAUUCGGUGCUGCUGCACAGUUUUGGCACCAGCCGGUGGCUUAUAGCCGGAGCCCCUAAAGCCAGCUGGCCCAGUAAUAGCUCUGUGGUGAAUCCAGGGGCAAUAUUCAGAUGCCAAAUUGGAAAUAAUCCUAAAAGAGAUUGUGAGAUUCUCCAAGUGGGUGAUCCAAAAGGCGAAAGGUGUGGAAAAACCUGCACUGAAGAAAGAGAUAAUCAGUGGUUGGGAGUGAGCCUAGCAAGGCAGCCAGGAGAAAAUGGCUCUAUUGUUGUCUGUGGACACAGGUGGAAAAAUGUGUAUUAUAUUUCAGAACACAAACUUCCACAUGGCAUUUGUUACGAGGUACCUCCCAAUUUUCGAACCUUGUUAAGUCGAAGAAUAUGCCCUUGCUAUAAGGAUUUUUGGAGAAAAUAUGGAGAAAAAUAUGGAUCUUGUCAGGCUGGGAUAUCAACAUUUUACACUCAGGAUUUAAUUAUUAUGGGAGCCCCAGGAUCAGAUUAUUGGGCUGGUUCCAUCUUUGUUUACAAUAAAACAGCAAACAUAUUUAUCUCAUAUCUGGAUGUGAGUCAUCAGAUAAAGUAUGGAAGUUAUUUAGGUUAUUCUGUUGGAGCAGGUCACUUCCUUUCUGCAAGUAGUUCAGAAGUAAUUGGAGGUGCUCCCCAGCAGGAGCAGACUGGUAAAGUUUACAUUUUUAAAAUUGAACCCAAACAACUAUCAAUUUUAAGUGAAUUAAGGGGUAAAAAGUUUGGUUCUUACUUUGGAGCUACUGUUUGUGCGGUGGAUCUCAAUGGUGAUGGCCUUUCAGAUUUACUAGUUGGAGCACCCAUGCAUAGUAAAGUCAGAGAAGAAGGAAGGGUUUAUGUUUACCUCAACUCAGGUUCUGGAGCAAAGAUGAUGGAGCUACAGACACCUCUAGCUGGAAGUGAUUUGUAUGCAGCAAGGUUCGGCGAUUCCAUUGCCAAUUUAGGAGACAUUGAUAAUGAUGGCUUUGAAGAUAUAGCCAUUGGGGCUCCGCAAGAAAAUGAUUUAGAAGGCUCGGUUUAUAUAUACAAUGGCAGAGAAGAUGGAAUAUCACCAACCUUUUCACAAAGAAUUCAAGGACAUCAAAUCAGCAACAGUUUACGCAUGUUUGGUCAAUCCAUAUCUGGGAGAAUUGAUGUAGACAGCAAUGGGUAUUCAGAUGUAGCAGUUGGUGCUUUUUUGUCAGAUUCUGCUGUAUUACUGAGGACGAGGGCUGUAAUUAUUGUGGAAUCAUCCUUAAAACACCCCAACUCUGUAAACCGAACCAUACUGGACUGUGUGAGAAAUGGACAACCAGCUGUGUGUGUUAAUCUAAUGCUUUGUUUUAACUAUACUAGCCAAACCAUUCCAGGUUACAUAGUAUUGCUUUAUAAUCUAAGCCUGGAUAUUAAUAGAAGGCCAGAUACUGCAGCGAGGUUUUAUUUUUUCUCUAAUGGAACCUCUGAAGCCACCUCUGGAAGUGUCCGGAUCUAUGGCAAUAACAAUGUUACAUGCAGAAUCCAUCAGGCAUUCAUGAGGAAAGAUGUAAGGGAUAUUCAGACUCCUAUACAUGUUGAAGCUACCUAUCACCUGGGGCACCAUGUUUUGAAGAAGAGAAAUGCUGAUGAACUCCAACCACUCCAGCCGGUACUUCAGCAACGGAAGGAGGAUAAUAUUGUGCGUAGCAAGUUUGUCUUUGCAAGAUUUUGUACUCAAGAAAACUGUUCUGCAAACCUUCAAGUUUCUGGAAAAGUUAUAUUUCCAAAGCCUUAUGAAAAGAAACCUUACCUCUCAGUGGGACAUGUAAAACAGUUGAUAUUAAAUAUCAGCUUGUACAAUGCCGGUGAUGAUGCUUAUCAGACCAGCCUUCAUAUCCAACUGCCUAAAGGUCUCUAUUUCACCAAACUUGUAGCACAGGAAGAAACACAGAUACAGUUACAAAUAUCAGAAAAGGAAAGUCGAGUGACAAUUAACUGUAACAUUGGAUAUUUAUACGUUGAUCAUCUUUCAAAGGUGGACAUUAGCUUUGUGUUGGAUUCAAGUUCACUCAGCAGAGCAGAAGAUGACUUGCACAUCCACAUUAAUGCAACUUGUGAAAAUGAAUUAGACCAUGACCUGCUGUCCGACAACAGUGUAGUUUUAGCUUUGGCUCAGAAACACGAAGUCGAACUGAACAUUUAUGGGUCUGUGUCUCCAGCAUCAUUUAUUUAUGGACCCAGUGAAGAAAAUUCACCAGUUUCUUGUAUGGAGGAGACAGUCAACGUCACUUUCUAUGUCAGUAAUCCUGGAGUAAGUCUGGCUCCUGAUGUAAAUCUGCUGAUACAGAUACCCAAUUCUUUUCUACCAAGAGAUAACAAGCUCUUUAAUAUACUGGAUGUCAAGACCUCUGAUGGACAAUGUACCUAUGAAAGUCAUAGGAGAGACUGUACUUUACCAGAAGAACAGGGAAAUAUGGUGCAAGAUCUUAUUACGUUCCACAAAACUGACAAUAGGCCACUGUUUUGUAUGAAGAAUGAUCAACUGUGUUUGCAAAUAUUUUGCAAAUUUGGAGACAUGGAGAGUGGAAAGGAAUCGACUGUUCACGUUCAUCUUGAGGCAACACCUUCACUAUUAAGCAUAGACGAAGCUUCAGUACUUACCUUUGAGAUAAAAGGAGAAGUUUCAGCAGAUCAAAAUCCCAGAGUUAUUGAACUCCACAAAAAUAAGCAAACCACUCGUGUCAUUUUGGAGGGACGUCAUAACCAGAAGACAAAACAGAGUGUCAGUGCCCUGCUUAUUGUAAUAGGUUCCCUAUUUGGACUUUUUUUGCUUUUGCUUCUUGUAUUAUUUUUAUGGAAGAUGGGAUUCUUCAAAAGAAAAUACAAACGUUUUCCUGAGGAAAAAAAUGGAAGUGAAAGUUGGAGUUUUUUUAAACAUAUUCACAAUGAUACCUCAGAGUAGGAAGUUUGGUAGAAGUUAAGAACUAUCUGCUACAAGAACUGUUAAGUCUUAAGCCCCAUAUCACAUGUGAAAGAAAUAGCCAUCAAAGUGGGCUUCCAAAGCACAAAUCAUAGAAAACUCGAAGGAUAUACAUUUUCAAGAGUUCUAAUCAAAAGGAAAGAAAAACUCAAAAUGCAAGAACAAGGAAACACUAGGAAUUGCUCCUUCCU